AUGGUGGUGUCACUCAAAGGCGUCCCAGUCUGGGUCUCAGUCCUGGUCUUGGUCCUGGUUUUGGCUUUAGGACGGUCGGAUCCAGUGGAGGACCACGAGGACGUGCUGGUGGAGCUGGAGCUGGACACAGACGAGGACCUGGACCUCCCUUUUUACGACUCCUUUGAUUAUGACGACAUGGACCAGGAGAUUGAUGCUCCCGAGGAAACUGUGGUCAUGCCCAAGGAGACUCCCCAAAGCAACGCGUCUCCUGACUCCACCAGCCUGGACUUGGACCUGUUUGGUCCCGACACCGGCCUGGGAAUGCCCACUUGCCUGUUGUGCACUUGUCUCGGUGGGAGCGUAUAUUGUGACGACUCUGAUCUGGAGGAUGUUCCACCUCUUCCAAAAGACACCACCCACUUCUACGCACGCUUCAACAAAAUCGAACACAUCAAGAACACCACGUUCAUGAAUCUCAACAUGCUGCAGUCCAUAGACCUGACGGGGAACGACAUCUCUGAGAUUGACGAGGCGGCCUUCAGACUGUUGCCUCUUCUGCAGCAGUUGGUUUUGGCAGAUAACGACGUGAAGAUGUUGCCCCAACUGCCCACUACCAUGCGGCUCAUUGAUCUACGCAACAACAGACUGAAGAGCUCUGCCAUGCAUCCAGGAUUCCAGGACAUGAGUGGCCUGGAGUAUCUGUAUCUGUCUGAUAAUGACUUGGACUACGUUCCCACGCCGCUGCCUUUGGGCCUCCGAGUGCUGCACCUGCAGAAUAACAACAUCCAGUCUCUCCUUGUGGACACGUUCUGCGACAGUCAUGACCCCACAUUCAUCCGGCCGAAGCUGGAGGACAUCCGCCUGGAUGGGAACCCCCUGAACACCCAUCUGUUUGGGGCAGCGUACUCCUGCCUGCCCCGUCUGCCGGUGGGCACACACUGA